AUGUCGCCUUCUGCCACGAAUGGGGCAAAGGUCGAGGUCUCCGACCCCGGCUCCGUCACCACUCCGAAGAUCUCUGAGCCCUGGUCCGUAGACAAGGUGCUUGCAACAAUUUACCCCUCGCCGCCGACCGCCAAUUCCAACUCCCCCGUGCCCUUCUUUCACAUCCUCGAGCGGCUCAAGACGACCAAGCGCGAAGGAUGGCGCAGGUUCUCGAUCAACAAGGGCGAGUCCAUUGCCGACCACAUGUACCGCAUGUCGUUGAUGUCGCUGCUCUGCCCUCCAUCCCUCGCGUCCCGAAUCGAUCUCUCCAGGUGCAUGAAGAUGUGCCUCAUACACGACAUGGCAGAGUCGCUGGUGGGCGACAUCACACCCGUCGACGGUGUGGCCAAGCCCGAGAAGAACAGGCGCGAAGCCGAGACGAUGGACUACAUCUGCGAUAAGCUCCUGGGCAGCGUGUACGGAGGGCUGGCGGGCCAGGAUAUCCGUGCCAUCUGGCAGGAGUAUGAGGAUUCCAAGACGCUGGAGAGCCACUUUGUUCACGACGUCGACAAGAUGGAGCUGCUGUGCCAGAUGAUCGAGUACGAGAAGCGGGCGGAUAAGGCACUGGACUUGGGGGAGUUUACGUACGUCGCGACCCAGAUGACGCUCCCCGAGACUCAAGAAUGGGCCAAGGAGAUCCUCCAGGAGCGCGACGCCUUCUGGGGCAUGCGUCAACAUGUGCAUGGAGAGGCCGGCGUCAACGGUGGAGUAGAUGCUGAGAAGGUCCAACAGCAGGAUGCGUAUUACAGCAAGGACGACGGCGCCGCACCUUGA